AUGAGUAAAAUACUUAUAAUCGGAGUGACCGGAACCCUAGGCUACGACCUCGCCAAUGCCAGCCUCCAAGCCUCUCAUCCUACUUUCGGUCUCGUCAGGGAAUCCGCUUUCUCCGAUCCUAACAAGUCCGAGAAACUCCGGUUACUCUCCGACGCCGGCGUCACUCUUCUCAAGGGAUCCUUGCAAGACGAGCACAGUCUUGUUGAAGCAAUCAAGCAUGUGGAUGUGGUCAUUUGUGCUAUUCCGUCCAAGCAAGUGCUGGAUCAGAAGCUUCUCAUCCGAGCUAUUAAACUUGCCGGUGGCGUCAAGAGGUUCAUUCCUUCAGAGUUUGGAUUAGAUCCAGAUAGAACUCGAGUGUCUGAAUUUGACAAUGGCUUCUAUUCGAAAAAAUCUGAAAUUAGGCGUCUCAUAGAAGCUGAAUACAUCCCUUACACGUAUAUCAGUUGCAACUUUUUCAUGCGAUACUUACUUCCAUCGCUUGUACAACCGGGGCUGAAAUCGCCUCCUAGAGACAAGGUCACCAUUUAUGGGGAUGGAACCGUUAAAGGCGUUUUUGUGAACCAACAUGAUGUUGCUGCAUUCACCAUUGCUACUGUUGAUGAUAUACGCGCACUGAACAAAACAUUGUAUCUUAGGCCCCCAGGCAAUGUGUACUGCAUGAAUGAACUGGUGGAUAUUUGGGAAACUAAAAUUGGCAAGAAGCUGGAAAGGACUUAUGUUCCUGAAAAUGAUGUUUUGAAGAAAAUCAAAGAAACUCCACACCCAGACAACAUGGAGAUGGUCUUCGCCUAUUGCGCUUUUGUUAAGGGAGAUCAGACGUACUUUGAUAUUAAUGAGGCCAAUGGAGUUGAAGGGACGCACCUGUAUCCACAAAUCAAAUACACUACUAUUAGCCACUAUUUGGAUACUCUAUUGUGA